GUCUCCUCUGGUACCUUGACACCUCCAUUCUCAGUCUUUAAGAUAUCAUGUCGUUCCAAGAACCGCCUAUGCCACGCCUAUCACCUCAACCUUCCGAAGAGGACACGCCAACGAUUUCUUUGAUACAGAAGAAACGGAAACGAAAGCAGUCUUCCUUUCUCCUUGGUAAGAGGGACAAACCAAAAGUAAUCCAAGACGCCGCGACUUCGGGAGACCAGUCUGAAACAUCGGAAAGCAACCUAGAGGAAGUCAGCACGUCGCGAGCGCAGGGUCCCGAUUUGCGGUUGCUCCCUCAGGAGUCAGGCGACGAGGAUGCAUCUACCAUAACGGGGUUAUCCUCCAAGUUCGAUCGAUAUGUCCAACUUCCUCAAGAGGAUCCAGAAUUGCCGUCAGUUCUACACCCUGUCACUGAGAGCAGAAUCAAAUUCGAGUGGGACUAUGUAAUGGAGCACCAAAGAGGUUUCAGAUUUCUUUGGACUCCCCUAUUCUCCCAAGCCGGCCUACUACCAACAGAUCCCCCGGCCUUCUCUACACUCAGUGCUGACCCGUUGCCUUGCUCCCUAGACGACUUUCAACUUCCUAGUCCGGAAUGGCAGUGGAUGGGCGAAGGAUGGUGUGUGGACAUGAGAGGUGAUGGUGAGGUCCAGGAGGAUGGAUUUGAAUACAACUGGUGGUUUCGGAAGAAGGGAUGGCGACCCACGAUCGGGUUCUUGAGCGCCGGCGCUUUUGUCCGAAGACGACGAUGGAUGCGAUUGAAAUACCUGCUACCACCAGAAUCGAUCCUUGAGAAGCUACCUUCUCCUCCAUUCCUACCGCGAAAAACCGAGGAGCUCAGUGGAUGGGAAGUGCUGAAGAUCAGAUUGAGGGAAGCUGCGCUGGACAGGGAACGGCUCGAGAUUGUAAAGGCGUGGCUUGACGAAACAAGCGGGAAUGAAGAGAUUCUCCGGACUUUCUGGACUGAAGUGAUGUGCAUGUUGGUGUUUCCGAGCUCAUGCGACCUACUGCGGAACAUGAUGAAGUCCAUGGGAUGGGAGACGCUGCCGCCUCGAGAUGAGGUGAUGUUCUGGAACGGGCCGCCGUGAACGAGGAUGGUUCAUGGCCCGCAUGGUAUAUUUUCUCUGUCCAGACUUGUAUGUAUAAGAGUAGCAUGUAUCAAU